AUGUCACAGCUACCCGUGUACAAUCCGCCUUCACCGUUCCUUGGUAUACUUCCGGCCGGGUUGGGACUGUACCGUAAGAUCACAAUCCGAGGAAGAAUGACUCACGACAUGUUCAACAUUAACCUGCAGUGCGGACCGAACGUUGAUCCGCGUGAUGAUGCGGCACUGCACAUCAGCAUUCGGCCGCGGGAAGGUCUGAUCGUGCGGAACACGUACCAGUUCCGUAGCUGGGGUGUCGAGGAGCGUUUCGGUGGCUGUCCGGUGCAGAAGAAGUCCUACUUCGACGUCAGCAUCACGGUGAAACCGGACAGUUACGGCAUAGCGGUGAACGGGUGCCAUUUCUGUGACUUUAGCCAUAGGCUGCCGUACCCGUCGGUGCGGUUCAUACACACCGGUGUCGGGGCACAGAUCGAUGCCAUCAUUACGGAGUAG